GAAAGAAGCCUCGAACCGAAUCAAAGAGGCGGGAAGAUUUGUGCCAGAACGAUUCGUCAAAUACACAGCGCGGCUCCUAGAAGCGUGUUUUACCUCUCUUUCUGUAACACUGAGCAAGGAUGCUCUAUCGAUAACAGUUUUACAUCAUCGUAUUCAUGACCACGUUCAGUUAUCAUUGAAACACGGCAGAUCUUCUACAUUGUUUCAGGUAACAGCCCUCAGCACAUCGAGGCUGUGCUGUUAGAAGUUAACCCCGACUAUUGGAACACGAGUUCACCCACCUGGGCACACCUCAGGCCAUUGUUUGCCCCUUGGUGCCAUCAGCUCAGAGCAGAGCUCACAGCUGCAGAGCCCUGCCUGCUCCGUGGCACUUCUACAGCUACCAUUGCUGCUUCUGAUAACUCCAGCUGGGUUCAAGCAUUCUUCUUCCUCCUAAACCUCUUCUGCCCCCCACACGAAGGAGUUCAGGCAGAGCAGUUCUAUCCAGCAUUUGGAUUCCUUCUUAACAUUUGUGUAUUUUUGACGUGAUUUUCUGUUCAUAAGAGUAGAAGUGAGUACUGCAAGCAUAGAUUGGCAUUCCAUUAAUUCAACCAUUUGAAUGGAGUCAUUGUUUUUUCCUCUUUAGACUUAAGCUGAGGUUUCUGAAACUUGUUCUACCAUUUAUGGGGAUCUUUCACAUCAGAAAAAUUGUCAGCACUGUUUAUGUUUAAUCACUGAUUUUCUCUUUUUCCCCCAUCCUAAACAUCUAAGUUUGAUUUUAGUUUCUUUCUAAAGUAGUCAGGUCACUGAAGAUGUUUGAGCAAUGCAAGUAAUUUUCACUUCUCUUGGCUUUAAAAAGAUUUAGCAAGUUUGGUCAGUGGAACAAAACACCCAUUUCUCUCAUAAAUACCAGGUUCUGAUGCACUGUGUGGUACAAAACUCCUCUGUAUGUUCACUUCAGCUCAAAGUUCUCAAGAAUUCUCAGGAAAGAAAAAAAAAAAAAAAAAAAAAAAAAAAACCUUUUUCCUUUAACUAGCAUAGCAGCCAUUUUAGAGCAUACACUAUUGCAGUGCCAUAAUGGGAUGAUAAUAACAAGGUGGCAGAGCCUUCACCUACAGCAAACAAGAGCAGGCCCAAAUACAACAACCAUAGGUACAGAAACAAAGAAAAAGAGCUGCUUACCUUUAGAAAAUCUCAUGCAGCAGGAAUCUCUAGCAAGAGAUGCUCUCAUCUUCACUGCCAGCCCUUAAAUGAGGUCUGGGAAGGGGCGGAUGCUGGCUCUACCCUUGCAGUCACUCAGAUGCAUUGCACACACUUGAGCUCCCCUGGGUUGGCCCUGCCUUCCCACCAGGUGCUCAAUCACUGCUUCAAGCCCUGCCUCAGCAUUGCCACAGCUAUAAAAUCAGAGUGCCUUCAAACUGAUUCAAGUAAGAGUUGUUUUCCCUUUCCCUUGGUGCGUAAAGAAUAUUUAGUGGAGGCUCUGAAGUCAGCACUGGAGAUUAUUUAAUACUAGAAAUAAUCAGAUGUUCAUCAAAAGUUUUACCUUUCAACACAGCUCUGUUUCUUUCAUGUAUGGGUUAAGUUACCCCCAGGUUUCAAAGGUCACAGAGCAUACUCCUGAGGCUUGUUUUUAGAGGCUGUGCCUGCAUUGGGCAGAGCAUGCUUGCUUGGACUGCUGCCAUUUUGUAAUUGAAGUCAGAUCUGUCCUGUGAAAAGACCAGAAGGAGACACCACCUCAUAGAGGCUCUGGCAAGUGAGGCCCCUUCAAAGUCCGUUUCCUUCACCUAGGAAGGCUGUUCAGAAAGGAAGACUCAUGGACCUCACAUCCACUGUCAUCAUCCCGCUGCUUUUCGGCAGCCUGGGGAUCUUCUCCCUUUUCCGGCUGCUGCAGUGGAUGCGGAUGCGCGCUUACCUCCGAGGAGCAGUGGUGGUGAUCACAGGGGCCACCUCUGGCCUGGGGAAAGAAUGUGCAAAGGCCUUCCAUGCAGCUGGCUCCAGGGUGGUGCUCUGCGGCAGAGACAGUGAGAAACUCAAAGACCUGGCACAGGAACUUUCUGCCAUGACCGAUCACCGAAAGAACAUGCACAAACCUCACACUGUGGUGUUUGACCUCUCGGACACUAAAACCAUUCUAAGUGCUGCUGUAGAGAUUCUGAAGUACCUGGGCCAUGUGGACAUACUGAUCAACAAUGCAGGCAUCAGUUACCGAGGCACAAUUGUAGAGACAGGUCUGGAUGUGGACAAGAAAGUGAUGGAAACCAAUUAUUUUGGUCCCAUAGCCCUCACCAAAGCACUUCUCCCUUCCAUGAUCAAGAGGAGACAAGGCCAUAUUGUGGCCAUCAGCAGUGUUCAAGGCAAAAUAAGCAUUCCUUUCAGAUCAGCAUAUGCUGCCUCUAAGCAUGCUACCCAGGCCUUCUUUGAUUGCCUGCGAGCAGAGGUUGAGCAGUAUGACAUUGAUGUGACGGUUAUAAGCCCUGGAUACAUCCAAACAAACCUUUCUCUCAAUGCUGUCACAGCAGAUGGAUCUCGCUAUGGAGUUAUGGACAAGAACACUGCUGAAGGCCAGACAGCUGCAGAGGUCGCUCAGGUGGUUCUCUAUGCAGUGGGGCAGAAGAAGAAGGAAGUCCUUGUGGCUGGCCUAAAGCCCUCCCUGGCUGUAUACCUACGAAACCUCUUUCCCAGGCUUUUCUUCAACUUAAUGGCAACUAGAGCAAAAAAGGAGAGAAAAACAAAGGACUCUUAGGGCUCAGCUCAUUCGAGCAGUAACUGUAGGGAGAGAGUAACGUCCUGCAGUUUGGCUGGGACAUCAGUGGAAGUGCUCCUGUGGGAAAAACCUUUCUCUAAAUGCUGCAACUUACCAUUGCAUGGAGAGUGAGAAGCAGUGUCCCCCACGACGGGGCAGGCCCACGUGCCAGAUUACAGCACCUGAACCUCCCUGAAGAAGGGUGCUUGGAACAAAGUGUGGGAGCUGAAGCUGCAAGAGAGGGUAACUGUAGGUAUGUACACACUUCACAGCAGGAGAAGCCCAUGUGCUGAAAGACACUUUACCUCACCUCAGGCACGCUCAGCUUUACUGGCCUGCUACAACUAAAACCCACUUGGUUUGCCUUCAUGCCCCCUGUGGCCUCUGAAAUACAGUCUCCAGCUGAGAGCUUGCAUGAUCAGUGUCUCCUUCCCACUCCUUCCAAUCUCAUCCAAAACGCAUUGCUUGUAGUGGAAAACUUCUGAGCCUCUGCUUGUUCAUGUGCCAAACCAUCUGAUAUGUUAAGCUAAAGCUAAGUCCAGUGCCAUUUUUAAAAAGUAACUCAUGUAGAAUGCAGGUUUUAUGUGGAAAUGAUGUUAUCUGUCUGAUUGGUACCUUACCAAGGUGUGGGGCUGUGACACUGUGCCACCUGGCACCACGGUGUUAAUGCAACACAGGUUAAUGCAGGAGUAGCACCAGACAGAUAAAAAAUAGCAGGGCAGCUAUUAGCUGAUAGACACCUGGUCCUCCUGCUGGCCUAGAGCACAGAGCAGGCGUGAUUCUUUAGCUGCCAGGCACACCAUAUUCCUGGCAAGCAGAAAGGAUCUGUGUGUAGGGUGGAUGACACAGGAGACAGACCCUUAGUUCUCACCUGACUUAAACCAGUCCCAGGUGCCAGUUAGGAUCACAUCCAGGGAGAGGAGGAGAGCUGCUUGCACAGACAGCACAGGUUACAAGGAGUUCUUCAGCCUGAAGGAAUGCCAUACUCCAUUCUUCACCCCUUUGCAUUUCCACACUGCAUACAACUUGUUCCUCCUCCCAGAGAAGGUGUAUCCUGCCCUGUGUGAUCCCAGCAACACUAGGAAAAAUAAAUGGCUGCACUGGGAUGGUUCAGAAGACAGAAAUAUAUAAAUUAAAAGAAAGCUUAUGAGGUCCAAACUGCUGCCACCUCCAUGCACUUAGCAGCACUCUCCCAGUGUACUGCCUUGUAUGUCCUGCCUGUGAGUGUGUAUCUGAUGACAAAUAAAUUACGUUGCCAUAAA